AUGAAGUUAUUCCUUGCCAUUAUUUUCAUCAUUCCCACGUUAGUUGUUCGAGCACAAGGACCUCCUUACGGCAAACCUAUUACUGAUGCUGCAAUAAUCACUAGAUACGCAUGUGUUGUUUUGGUCAAAUCUACAAAAGAAUGCAGUGGAGUCAUGGUUGGUCCGCGACACGUCGUAACUGCAGCUCAAUGUGUAACCGAUGGCGCCAAAGUAGCAGAAUCUAAGAAUACCUUUGUAACAUCAUCCGAUUUGCAAGGUCGAAUUUCUAGCAGUUCAAAGACCGUUUCAGUAACUAAAAUAAUCGUGCACGAUAAAUAUGUAGGAGGUUCAAAUUAUCCCGCAGUACUUGUACAGAACGACUUGGCUUUUCUUAGACUAAGUGAAGCCGUGGAUCCAUUUUAUAAAGAUUCUUAUUUUAAAGUAUGUCCUAUUGCACCGAACAAACCAUCAGAUGGCACAGCUAUGUUAAUGAUUGGCUUUCAAGAAGUAAAUCAGGCAAAGGAUAAGGGGCUCGUAGAGUACGCAACAAAAGUUAGAUCUAGCGACAAGUGCGUUGAAAUUACGGAUUCGGCAAAAAAGAAGGGAUAUACCAAUACCAUUUGCACCGUUGAAACGCAGAACACUUAUUGUGAGGAUACUGUAAUAGGCGGCGGAUUGUUUACUAAAGGUUCAUCCAGUGUCGGCGGAAUCAAUAUAGGCACUACUUUAACAGGUUGUAACACAGGCGUCACGUACUUUCACCUGUCUUUAACUGGAUUCUCUAAACAAAUUCAAGAUUUUAUUUCAAAGUAUCCGUAAAAAGGUUUAGAAUUUACAACUCAUUCGAAGCGAAAUAAAAGAUAUUUAUAAAA